AAUAAUAAUAAUAAUAAUAAUAAUAAUAAUAAUAAUAAUAAUAAUAAUAAUAAUAAUAAUAAUAAUAAUAAUAAUAAUAAUAAUAAUAAUAAUAAUAAUAAUAAUAAUAAUAAUAAUAAUAAUAAUAAUAAUAAUAAUAAUAAUAAUAAUAAUAAUAAUAAUAAUAAUAAUAAUAAUAAUAAUAAUAAUAAUAAUAAUAAUAAUAAUAAUAAUAAUAAUAAUAAUAAUAAUAAUAAUAAUAAUAAUAAUAAUAAUAAUAAUAAUAAUAAUAAUAAUAAUAAUAAUAAUAAUAAUAAUAAUAAUAAUAAUAAUAAUAAUAAUAAUAAUAAUAAUAAUAAUAAUAAUAAUAAUAAUAAUAAUAAUAAUAAUAAUAAUAAUAAUAAUAAUAAUAAUAAUAAUAAUAAUAAUAAUAAUAAUAAUAAUAAUAAUAAUAAUAAUAAUAAUAAUAAUAAUAAUAAUAAUAAUAAUAAUAAUAAUAAUAAUAAUAAUAAUAAUAAUAAUAAUAAUAAUAAUAAUAAUAAUAAUAAUAAUAAUAAUAAUAAUAAUAAUAAUAAUAAUAAUAAUAAUAAUAAUAAUAAUAAUAAUAAUAAUAAUAAUAAUAAUAAUAAUAAUAAUAAUAAUAAUAAUAAUAAUAAUAAUAAUAAUAAUAAUAAUAAUAAUAAUAAUAAUAAUAAUAAUAAUAAUAAUAAUAAUAAUAAUAAUAAUAAUAAUAAUAAUAAUAAUAAUAAUAAUAAUAAUAAUAAUAAUAAUAAUAAUAAUAAUAAUAAUAAUAAUAAUAAUAAUAAUAAUAAUAAUAAUAAUAAUAAUAAUAAUAAUAAUAAUAAUAAUAAUAAUAAUAAUAAUAAUAAUAAUAAUAAUAAUAAUAAUAAUAAUAAUAAUAAUAAUAAUAAUAAUAAUAAUAAUAAUAAUAAUAAUAAUAAUAAUAAUAAUAAUAAUAAUAAUAAUAAUAAUAAUAAUAAUAAUAAUAAUAAUAAUAAUAAUAAUAAUAAUAAUAAUAAUAAUAAUAAUAAUAAUAAUAAUAAUAAUAAUAAUAAUAAUAAUAAUAAUAAUAAUAAUAAUAAUAAUAAUAAUAAUAAUAAUAAUAAUAAUAAUAAUAAUAAUAAUAAUAAUAAUAAUAAUAAUAAUAAUAAUAAUAAUAAUAAUAAUAAUAAUAAUAAUAAUAAUAAUAAUAAUAAUAAUAAUAAUAAUAAUAAUAAUAAUAAUAAUAAUAAUAAUAAUAAUAAUAAUAAUAAUAAUAAUAAUAAUAAUAAUAAUAAUAAUAAUAAUAAUAAUAAUAAUAAUAAUAAUAAUAAUAAUAAUAAUAAUAAUAAUAAUAAUAAUAAUAAUAAUAAUAAUAAUAAUAAUAAUAAUAAUAAUAAUAAUAAUAAUAAUAAUAAUAAUAAUAAUAAUAAUAAUAAUAAUAAUAAUAAUAAUAAUAAUAAUAAUAAUAAUAAUAAUAAUAAUAAUAAUAAUAAUAAUAAUAAUAAUAAUAAUAAUAAUAAUAAUAAUAAUAAUAAUAAUAAUAAUAAUAAUAAUAAUAAUAAUAAUAAUAAUAAUAAUAAUAAUAAUAAUAAUAAUAAUAAUAAUAAUAAUAAUAAUAAUAAUAAUAAUAAUAAUAAUAAUAAUAAUAAUAAUAAUAAUAAUAAU